AUGGCCUCUGGGCUAGGAGUCGAUGCUUCUGCGGGUCGCGGUCGCCAGGGCUCCUUUGUGAGCGCCGGCCCUCGACCCAUCCACAAUAGCAACCAGGACAGAGAUAACCUCAACCGCCACCGCCGCGAGUCUCUCGCCGGGAGCCUCAUGGGAGGCGGCAUCAGCAGCUGGGGCGGAUUGUCAUUUGGCAGCUUCGUCCGCGAUGAUAUCACCAUGCAAGGCACAUCGCCCUUUGGCGGGGUGCACCAGUCCCCGUCCUUCCACUCCGGUAGCUACCUCCCCAAGUUGGAGGCGAGCUUUAUGAAGGAUUUCACCUGCUGCGGUCAGAAACUCGACGACCUGCAUGGGCUCCUUCAGCAUUACGAAGAAUCGCAUACCGAUGCCAACCCUGACGGCGGCUGGAGGAACAAUAACUUUGCUGCCUUCACGCCCAAUACGGGACUUCCGGGCAAUAACAACCUCGCAUCGAAUCCGCCAACGCCUGGCCAGACCACAGCUCGUCCAUCGCCGACGCAGGUCGGUGCGCACAUGCCUGGUGGGAAUCUGCCGCUCAUGGGGGCGGUGCAGCAGAAUGACGACUUCAACAACGCGCAGUUCGGAGGGCUAAGCACCAACCCAGAUCUGGACGCCGUGGCCGACAUGGAAAUGGACGAUGCGGUUGGUACAAUGGAGUUUGAUCAAGGGAACCAGCAGCGCAUGCACCAGACCCGACAUAUGUUCGGCCAGCAGCAACGGCCCCAGCUCAACAUGGACACAUCGGGUAUCACCCAAGGCCUUCGCACACCUCAACCCACAACCCCGGCAGCAUCCAAUUUUGGCUUUCAGCACAACCCUACCGUGUCAUCUGUCAACACCCCAACUCUCUCAACGCACCAGUCACAGCAGCAACAGUCCAUGGACAUGGACAGCAUGGACGAGGACCUUCCAGGUAUGCCCAUGGGAGGCAGCAACGUCGCCAUUGCCAAUGGCAACUUUGGCAAUGCCAAUGGGAACACGGGCAAUCACUCGAAUGCCAAUGGGAGCGGUACGAACGGUAACAGCGCCGACCCGAAUCUCUGCAUCAACGAUCCGGGCAGACAUCUCUUCAGCCCCAAUGGUACUUUCCCACAAGGAGGCAAUCGUGCGAUUCAGCAGCAGCUCGCACAGCUGGGCAUUCACCAAGGCCAGCAGAUGAACGACCCGCAGGCGAACCAACUCCUCAUCCAGCGCCUACAAAGCAUGAUGAUGAAUGAGGAACACAAGCCGUUCAAAUGCCCUGUAAUUGGCUGCGAGAAAGCAUACAAGAAUCAGAAUGGCUUAAAAUACCACAAGUCCCACGGCCACCAGACCCAACAGCUACAUGAGAACGGAGACGGGACGUUCUCAAUCGUCAACCCAGAAACUAGUGCUCCUUACCCGGGCACUCAGGGCAUGGAGAAGGAGAAGCCCUUCCACUGCGAGACUUGCGGCAAGCGCUACAAGAACUUGAACGGCCUCAAAUAUCACAAAUCGCAUUCGUUGCCCUGCAAUCCUGAUUUCAAGCUGCAGGCUGAGGCUGCCGGGAUCAAGCUCCCACAAAUGGGCCUCAAUGGUGUUGGCAUGGUCUCUAACGAGUCGACACCGCAACCACAGGCAUAG